AUGGUAAUCAAGCUAGUCACCUUUGAUGCGCUCUACACAACACUAGCACCUCGCCUCCCCAUUUAUGUCCAGUACGCAAACACCUUCAGGCCUUAUCUUGGCACUCUCCAGCCAGAUGCCCUGAAACGCUCCUUCAAAACAGCCUUGCGGGACGUCCAAAAAGAACGGCCCGCGUACGCCGGAGAAAAUGCUGCCUCCGGGUGGUGGGGCGAAGUCAUCAAGCGGACAGCCAUUGGCGCAGGCGCAGAUCCUCGAGAUGUCGACUCUUCCCUCGGGGAGAUCGUACCCCGGCUUUUGAAGCGCUUCAGCUCGCGUGAAGGCUACAAGCUGUAUGAUGACACGAUACCAGCCUUGAAGGAGUUUCAUGAUAUGAAUAUUCGCACUGCAAUGGUCAGCAACACCGAUGCCAGAAUGCGCCUAGUCCUGGAUGACCUCCAAAUUGCAUCCUGGUUAAACCCCAUAAUUCUUAGCGAAGAAGCCGGCAUUGAAAAGCCCAACCCGAGCAUAUUCAGCCUGGCUCUGAGGAAUCCACAAACCGGCGAAGCACCGGCCAUUCUUCCAGAGGAGUGUGUGCACGUCGGGGACGAACUUGAAAGCGAUUACUACGGCGCCAAGGCCGCGGGCAUGCACGCGCUGCUGCUCCGGAGGGCGUCGGACGACAGCGAGCCGGGAAUGCACCAGACCGAAUCGGAGGCGUUGCAGGGCGUGGAGGUGGUUAGAUCAGUUCGCUCGGUCCUUGACUGGGUGCGAGAGCGGAACAAUCAGAGAUGAUGUGGCAUGGAAUGGAUACACGCAAC